GCCACUAGGCGUCGCAUUAGUUUCGCAUGGUGGAAUAUCAAUGUGUUUUUCGAGAGUUUUAAAGAGUUUUUACAAUCUUCUGACCAUGGAUUAUUAAUUUAUAAAGGAUUUAUACAUUAGAAACAUGAGUUUUCUAGUUAAAAGUGUAUCUAACAUUGCAAAGUAUUGUUUGAGAAGUAAUAUUCAAGGAAAUACUACGUCUAUAGUAAAUCGCUUCUCACAUUCAAAUAGCACAGCACAAUUAUGGAGCGCGGGGAAAUUAAAUAUAAUAUCUAAUUUAAUCAAGUCGAUCAAUCCGAUACAGGGAUUAGCGGGCCUUCAGUUUAGCAGAUAUGGAAGUUCACUUUGGCAAAUGCAUAAAAGAGGGCCUAUAAUUAAAAAGCGUCAGAGGCCAAGGCCUUUGGAUGGGAAUCCAUUUUUAAAGGGAGUCGUUCUAAAGACACUUAUUAAAAAACCAAGAAAACCUAAUUCGGCGAAUAGAAAAUGUGUUCUUGUUCGACUUUCAAAUGGAAGGGAAGUGACUGCUUACGUACCAGGGAUUGGGCAUAAUUUACAGGAGCAUAACGUUGUUCUGGUGAGAUGUGGGAGGGUGAAAGAUGUGCCUGGAGUAAGGAUAAAGUGCGUCAGGGGCAAAUUUGAUCUUCCUCAUGUGGUGAAAAAGACUCAAUAGAUUAUCAUGAAUUGUGUUUGGAAAUAAUUUUGUUAAUUAAAUAGUGUUACUUCGAA